CGUUUCACAGAGGACAGCAUGGAUGCGGCGCGCGUUGCGAGCGAUGAUACUGUAAACUGAAACAGGCUCUCCUGUCAGGAGGCAUACUUCCCACCCCGAACGCCUUCCUUCCUUCUCUGACCGGCAAGACAAGUCGAUGCCGCAACCGCUCGGUGUUGUCAUACUUCACCACACCGCCGCUCCUGCACGCACGUACGCCUCGCCUGCAAGAAACCAUCAGGAUAUGCGUCGGCGGCGACUUGAGCGCUCGCAGUACGCCGAAAUUCACCAUGUCGAGUUCGGAUUUAGGGCGAUCGUAGAGGACCCAGACCGCCCCACAGCGAUGGGAAAGCCCGUUCCCAGACGUCUAACUGCUAGCAGCGCCUCUUAUACCGCGCGCAACAUAGCCUGAGAUGGAGUUUUCGGAAGCAAAAAGCGGAAGGGCAGGCUUCGUCAUGGUGCAGUGCACAUAGAUCAAAAGGAAAACAGUAGCGUAGUAUAAAACAGCCAUUGAGAGAGUUAGACAAG